AUGCCCGUCUCCAUCGAAGAGCUGGACGCGACUGUCCGCGCCUUCUACGAGGGCCGCGGCGAGCAGCAAAAAGCUGCUCAGGCCGCCCUCAAUCAGUUCAAGGAAGACCCUGAUGCCUGGCUAAUGGUCGACGAGAUCCUUUCGAGGGCAACAUACGAGCAGACCAAAUUCUUGGGUUUGCAGGUCCUCGAUAAUGUGAUCAUGACAAGGUGGAAAGUCCUACCGCGGGAGCAGUGCCAGGGAAUCCGCAACUUCGUCGUGCAGUAUAUCCUGCAAUGCUCCAGUUCCGAGGAGGCGCUCAAGACUCACCGGACCCUUCUCAACAAGCUGAACCUCGUCCUCGUCUCCGUCCUGAAGCAAGAAUGGCCCCACAACUGGCCCACGUUCAUCAACGAAAUCAUCUCCGCCUGCCAUUCGAGCCUGUCCGUGUGCGAAAACAACAUGAUCAUCCUGCGGCUCUUGUCCGAGGAGGUCUUCGAUUACUCCGCCGAGCAGAUGACAUCCACCAAGACCCGCAACCUUAAGACGACCAUGUGUGCCGAGUUUUCCCAGAUCUUCCAGCUCUGCCAGGAGAUCCUCAACAGCGCAAACCAACCGAGCCUCAUCAAGGCCACUUUGGAGACCCUCCUGCGCUUCUGCAACUGGAUUCCCCUGGGAUACAUCUUCGAGACCCCCCUGAUCGAGACGCUCCGGACACGAUUCCUUGAGGUGCCAGAGUUCCGGAACGUCACGCUGCAGUGCCUGACGGAAAUUGGCGGUCUGCAGACAGGAGGCCCCGGUCAGAUCAACACAUACGACGAGCAGCUUGUCAAGAUGUUCACCGAGGUUCUGACGUCCAUCUCCAACAUCGUCCCUCUGGACAUGGACCUGAAGACGACAUAUCCGCAAAGCAACUCGCGCGACCAAGAGUUCAUCCAGAACUUGGCCCUCUUUCUUUGCAACUUCUUCAGCAUGCACCUGCCGCUCAUCGAAAACCUCCCGAAUCGAGACUUCCUUACCCACGGUCACUUCUACCUGAUCCGCAUCUCCCAGAUCGACGACCGCGAGAUAUUCAAGAUCUGCCUCGAUUACUGGCUGAAGCUCGUGCAGGAGCUCUAUGAGGAGAUGCAGUCGCUGCCGAUCUCCGACUUGACCUCGAUGUCUCUGGGUAUGAUGGGCGGUGGUGGCGCGCCGAACCCGGCCCUGCUCGCCAACUACCCCCUCCGCAAACACAAGUACAAUGAAGUGCUCUCCAACCUGCGGGUGGUGAUGAUCGAGAAGAUGGUCCGGCCCGAAGAAGUUCUGAUUGUCGAGAACGACGAGGGCGAGAUCGUCCGUGAAUUCGUCAAGGAGACCGACACCGUGCAGUUAUAUAAGACGAUUCGGGAGUGCCUGGUCUACCUGACCCAUCUAGACGUCGUCGAUACCGAGCAGAUCAUGACGGAAAAGCUCGCACGGCAAGUAGACGGGUCCGAAUGGUCAUGGCACAACUGCAACGUGCUCUGCUGGGCCAUCGGCUCCAUCUCGCUGGCCAUGAACGAGGAGACCGAAAAGCGCUUCCUCGUGACGGUGAUCAAGGACCUGCUUGGUCUCACCGAGAUGAAGCGUGGGAAAGACAACAAGGCGGUCGUUGCCAGCAAUAUCAUGUACAUUGUGGGGCAGUAUCCGCGUUUCCUGAAGGCGCAUUGGAAGUUCCUGAAGACGGUCGUCAAUAAGCUGUUCGAGUUCAUGCACGAGUCUCACGAAGGCGUCCAAGACAUGGCGUGCGAUACCUUCAUCAAGAUCGCCAAGCAGUGCAGGCGCCACUUCGUAGCGCUCCAGCCGAGCGAGAAUGAGCCCUUCAUCGAGGAGAUCAUUCGGAACCUCGGCAAGAUCACCUGUGACUUGACUCCGCAACAGGUGCACACGUUCUACGAGGCCUGCGGCUACAUGGUGGCCGCGCAAGGGAACAAGAACCAGCAGGAACGGCUCUUGGCCGAGCUGAUGGCCAUCCCCAACGCCGCCUGGGACGAGAUUAUCAAGCAGGCGACCAUGAACCCUGCGAUUCUGCAGGACGCCGAUACCAUCAAGAUCAUUGGCAACAUCAUGAAAACCAACGUCUCCGCUUGCUCGUCAAUCGGGCCCUACUUCUUCCCCCAGAUCGGCCGCCUGUACAACGACAUGCUGCAGAUGUAUGCCGCCACGAGUCAGCUCAUCUCUGAGGCGGUCGCUCGUGAAGGCGAGAUUGCGACCAAGAUGCCCAAGGUCCGCGGCCUACGAACCAUCAAGAAGGAGAUCCUGAAGCUCGUCGAGACAUUUGUCGACAAGACGGAAGAUUUGCAGGCUGUCAGGGCGCAAAUGGUCCCACAGCUCCUCGACUCGGUGCUGGUUGACUACAACCGCAAUGUCCCCGGCGCCCGCGAUGCAGAGGUUCUGAAGGCUAUGACGGCCAUGAUCACCAAGCUCUCGGGCCUUAUGGAGGACCAGGUUCCCGUGAUCAUGGAGAACGUGUUCGAAUGCACGCUGGACAUGAUUAACAAGGAUUUCUCGGAGUACCCGGAGCACCGCGUUGAGUUCUUCAACCUCCUCCGGGCCAUCAACCUGCACUGCUUCCCGGCCCUUUUGAAGCUCGACAACCGGCAAUUCAAGUUUGUGAUCGAUUCCUGCCUGUGGGCCAGCAAGCACGACAACCGCGAUGUCGAGACGGCCGGGCUGAACAUGUGCCUGGAGUUGAUCAACAACAUCGCCGAGAAGACGGACUUGCAGACAUCGAACGCCUUCUUCAACCAGUUCUUCAUCACCAUCCUGCAGGACGUCUUCUUCGUCCUGACGGACCAGGACCACAAGGCCGGCUUCAAGACGCAGUCGAUGCUGCUCAUGCGCCUGUUCUACUUCGUGCACCCGGCCGACGGCACGCAGCCAAAGAUCCAGGGCCCCGUCUACCAGCCCGACCAGGCGCAGCCGGGCACGAGCAAUCGCGAGUUCCUGGGCAACUUUGUCAGCACCCUGCUGCAGAACGCCUUCAGCAACCUGACCCCAGUCCAAAUCACGGCCUUCGUCGAGGGUCUCUUCACGCUCAACACGCAGUACGACAGGUUCCGGCUGGCGCUGCGCGACUUCCUGAUCUCGCUGCGCGAGUUCGCGGGCGACAAUGCCGAGCUGUACCUGGUCGAGAAGGAGCAGCAGGAGCGCGACGCACGGGCGGCCGAGCACGAGCGCCGCUCCAAAGUCAGCGGGCUGCUCAAGCCGUCGGAGCUCGACGACAACGACGAGCUGUGA